GCCGGGAGCGCGGGAAGACGGGGCGGCAAUGGCGGCGCGGCUGGAGCGCGCGAGGGGCGCGCUGGCAGCGCUUGAGGCUGGCCUGGAGUUGGAGGAGGAGGAGGGUGAUGUCCCCACCCGAGUCCUGGUGGAACAUCAAAUGGACACCCGGAGGAAGCAGAAGCUGCUCCUGUCCCAGUUCCGGGUGCUGAAGCUGCUCCUGGGGGUCAUCGAGAACCCGGGGCAGCCCCCAGCCCCCACCGACCUGCGCGAGGCGAUGGCCCAGGCUCGGGGGCGCUGGCAGGAGCUGAAGGCCAAGUAUGGGGAGGCCCUGGGGGCCCUGGAGGAGGCCGUGCCCGCUGCCCUGGAGCAGCUGGAGCGGGGCCAGCAGCUGCUGCAGCGAGGGAAGGCAGCCCUGGAGGCGCGGCUGGAACAGCAAGAAGAGCUGAAGGUGAAGGUGCGUGAGGCCACAGAGAGACGGGACCAGCUGCUCCAGCAGGUUCAGGAGCGGCGCCUGCAGCGGCUCCGGCGCCAGGAGGAGAUGCAGGGACUGUGGGACAGAGUGGCCAGGGUCAAGGCCUCGUGUGAGCUGUACCAGACCCUGGCAGGGGCCCAGGUGCUGCCCCCCUCGCCAGGGACCCCCAAGAAGGAGCUGGAGCUGGGACUCCCUCCUGGCUCCUCCCAUUCCCUGCCCCACCUUCGCCUGUCCCUCACCCCCAGUGGGGAGGUCCAACUGCAGCAGCGCUGCUGGGAGAGCUGGAGCCUCUGGGAGGAGGUGGCACACCUGAGGAACAGGUUCGCCCUGGACUGGCAGCCGGACCUGGGGCUCCUGCAGGUCCUGGGGGGCCCCCAGGUUGCCCAGACCCUCUGGACGCUGCAGGUGGAGCCGGGGUACCCCAAGAAUGGGGGAGUGAAACUGCUGCCCCCCACAAAGGGAGCGCCCCCCAUUCCUGCACCCCCAGACCCCCCCACUCUGACACGGUGGCUGGAGCUGCUGGUGGGGGGGGGGUCCUGA